AGGUUAUAACCCCCCAUCUCUUCAAAUCAAUCAAUCGCAUGCAUAAACCCUCCUACCGACCGACCGACGAAGAAAGACGAUGACGCCAAGAAGAAAUCGAUCUGUAGCUCAGGCCGACGCCGAGAAAGAAAGACAAGAAGGUUCUUCUGAUAUGGAAUCAGAAGGAGUCGAGGCUACUCCGCCUCCACCAAAGCAACUGGCUUCCGUCUCACAAUCCAAAGGGUCCAAAGGGGUAAGUAAGUUUUCUUUAAAGAUGAUGAAAUUUUAUCGUACGAAGAAGAAAUUUAGGUCUGGAGCUUCGUCUAAGAAGAAAAGGGAUAAGAAGAAAUUUAGGUUUGGAGCUUCGUCUAAGAAGAAAAGGGAUAAGAAGAAGGAACAGGAAGUUGAAGAGGGUCAACUUCUUUCAGUGAAUCCAGUAGUAGUAGUCUCUCCCUCUGACACCGAUUCCCAUUCCGAAGGGAUUCCUCAGAAAUCUCCUUCAAAAGCUUCUAGUUCAAAUUCUCCUUUAAAAAGACCGGUAGAUUCCCCCCAUGUUGAGGACUCCAAGAGAGAAAAGAAGAAGAAGAAGGAACUUAUUACGAAGAAUGGAGAAUCUGCUUUGAAAAAGCCUCUGUUUCAGAGGUUAUGGAGUGAGUCAGAUAUAUGUACACUACUGAAAGGAUUGGUUGAGUAUGCUGAAGAGAAAGGGAUUCAUCCUGUUUCGGCAGACAAGAAUGGUUUUCACAAUUAUAUCAAAGACUCACUUGAUGUAGAAGUUACUAUAAGUCAAAUGUUUGAAAAGAUAAGGAGAUUGAAGAAGAAAUAUGAGACAAAUCUUAUGAAAGGAAGGAAUGGAGUUGAUAAAAAAUUCUCGACAGCUCACGAUUUAGAAGUUUAUGAAUUGUCAGCAGGGGUUUGGGGGAAAGGUAAAAAUGUUGAGGUUAAUGCUAACAUUGGUUUGAAGAAUAUGGAGGAGAAUGAUGAUGAGAAUCAGGGAGAAGGAAGAGGGUCAAAGAUGACGCUAAGGAGUGCUGUGAAGAAAAAGAUGAUGAAGAAAUUAAAAGUGAAGGAGGUUGAACAUUUGCUUCAACAACUCGAUCUUGAACAUAAACGGGCAACUCUUGAGUUCCAAGUCCUAUUAAGCAACUCCCAGGCCACCAAGACCACCAAGAGAUGAGAUCCAUAAGGCUUUACCCUACUACUAAUGUUUUUGGUGUUAAAAUGAUGGGGAAACACUUAUUAUCCAACUUUAUAAUAUGAUGUUCUUUUAAUUUUUGAGGAAAUA